ACAUAUCAAUAUAUCAUAUAUGAAGAAAUUCGCAAAUUUUAUGAUCAGUAUUUCAUAUAUGACAAAUUCAACUCGGCCCCUAAAUUAUUUCUAAGUUAUUAUUUUAAUUUGUAAUCCUUAAUUUGCAUAUAAAUUGAGUUACAUGAAUCUCUAAAUGUGUAGAAAUAAAUAUUGUAAUAUUUGGGUUAACCACAAAAAAUACUCCCAAAUUUUGUAAACGUUGACAAUAAUGUUCUCCUUUUUAUUAUCAACAAAAAUAUCAUUGAAUAAUUUAAAAACACAUACGAAAUGUCUGCCGUCAAGUGAUGGCUUUUUCAUUAACGGAAGUGUUUGAUGUGACAAACAAAAAAGCUUACGUGGCAAACGGAGAUCUUACUUGAAUCCAUUCUCAAAUUUUCUAAUUCAUUAACCAUAAUCCCCAAUUGUAAAAUGAGAACGUGAUACAUCUGAAGAAGGGUUCAACCAUGGAUGUAGCUGGAAUGAAACGAAGGUCUGCGUCAAUGGCAGAAGGAUGCAAGGAUUGGUGCGGAGACUCUGGUUCGAAGCAGUAUGAUGGUAUGUGUCUCUGCUCUCUUGCUGUUAUUGUUCUGAAAUCGAAGACGAAUGCUAACCAGGGAGGUAGUUCUUUCGGUGUCCACUAUGAAAGAAUAAAAAUCAAGAUUGCAAAUAUUUUCAAUGGAUUGAUGAAUUGGAAGAGCAUCAACACAUGGUUGAAGAGGAGGAAUGCUCUUGGAACAACAAACCUGUGCUAUCUUCACGUGGAAAACUCAAACAGAAGAGCGUUAGGAAGCUGUUCGAAUCAGUAGAGUGUGAGGACAUAGUCCCCAUGGUGCAACCUGUUCUUACAAAAGAAUUGAAGGAGAAAUUGAAGAGGAUUGAAAUUCUUCUAAUCAUGAUGUGCAUUGGGGUUGUAAUUGGUGUCUUCAUCAAUUUCUUUGCUCUGUUUAAGAACUUAUUUGUACUACUGUUGAAUAGUGGAUGAAGAGUAAAUGUCAAUUAGAGUGUAUUUUGAUAACUAUUGAUGUGCCAAAUUUGGUUGAAACAUGGAAUGACAACUCUUGUAUUGUGUUUUGAUGAGAAUCUGAUGUGUAUUAAGAGUGUACCAUAUUAUUCGACU